CAGCAUCCGAUACAUUCCUUACCACACCACCAACAAAACUACCACAAUGGUCGCUCUUUCUAACAUUCUACUCGCUCUUUCGGCUGCUUCGGGCGCCCUGGCGGCCCCGAACCGUCUUGCUCUCAUGGAGAUGGCCAAGCGCAGCCUGACCACCUCCAGCGAAGGCACCUCGAAUGGGUACUUCUACUCCUUCUGGACGAACAACGAAGGCUCUGUCACCUACACCAACGGCAAUGCUGGUGAAUACUCUGUGGAAUGGAGCGAUGCUGGCAAUUUUGUUGCCGGUAAGGGCUGGAGCACUGGCAGUGAUCGCGACAUCACCUACACCGGUACCUGGACCCCCACCAACAACGGCAACAGCUACCUCUCCGUCUACGGCUGGACCACCAGCCCCUUGGUCGAGUACUACAUCGUCGAGCACUACGGCGACUACAACCCGUCCAGCGGAUUGACCCAGCUGGGCACCGUGACCAGCGAUGGCAGCACCUACAAGAUCUACGAGUCGACCCGCACCAACGCCGCCUCGAUCGAGGGCACCAGCACCUUCAAGCAGUACUGGUCCAUCCGCGACGACGCCCGCGUCGGCGGCACCGUCACCACCAAGAACCACUUCGACGCCUGGGAGAACCUCGGCCUCGAGCUUGGUACCUUCAACUACCAGAUCGUCGCCGUCGAGGGCUACGAGAGCAGCGGCUCCGCCGCCAUCACCGUCGACAGUGCCACACACACCACUCUCACCACUCAGUCGACCGUUGCCACCGCCGCUACUGAGGAGGAUGAGGAGGACUGCUAG